AGUGUCUAGUUUCUCGUGAAAGAAAAAAACUGAGAAUUUCAACACCAUGGCUUUACUAAGCGACAAGGUAUGCAUUGUUACUGGUGCUACUCGUGGAAUCGGUAAAGGGAUCGCCCUUCAACUUGCGGAAAAGGGGGCAAAGGUCUACAUUACCGGAAGGACGCUGGAUUCCCCGAAAGACUCGAGCAUCGGCGGCUCGUUACGUGACACUGCACGUGGAAUUGAGGCUCGUGGCGGCACGUGCAUUCCAGUUCAGUGUGAUCACUCUAAUGACAAGGAUAUCGAGCAGUUAUUUGAGACUGUUAAACGUGAAAACGAUGGACGGUUGGACAUUCUCGUGAAUAACGCGUAUUCUGCUGUUAACGCUAUAUUUUCAUCCAUGGGUAAACCUUUUUACGAACAGCCAACGUCAAUGUGGGAUACUGUUAACAACGUAGGCCUACGGAAUCAUUAUAUUUGUUCCGUGCUCGCUUCCCGGCUAAUGGUUGCAAGAAAACAAGGACUGAUAGUAAAUAUCUCUUCCGCUGGCGGCCUACGAUACCUUUUCAAUGCCGCUUAUGGAAUAGGCAAGGAGGCGUGCGAUCGCAUGGCGGCUGACUGCGGCUUUGAACUGCGUAAGCAAAACGUCGCGUUUGUUAGUUUAUGGCCUGGUGCCGUCGGCACGGAGUACGUUCUUAAAAAAUAUGGAGACGACGAGGCUGAAAAAAUAGACUCUAACAAGGUUCCUGCAGGGAUCCAAGAUAGAAAGAAAUGGUUAGACAUAUUCCAAAAGGGCGAGACUCCGGAGUUUGCUGGACAAUGUAUUGCAGCCCUCGCCAUUGACCCUGACUUAAUGGCAAUGACAGGAAAAGUACUGACGACGUUUGACCUUAAACAGAGAUACGGGCUUCAGGACACCCCCGGCCAUUCUCCGACGGACAUUCGCUCGAUGAAACGGGGGCUACUACAGGGCGGACACACCUGGAUUUCGGCGCUGACUCCAGGAUUUGUGCGCGUCCCAAAAUGGCUGCUCUCUCUUGGUGGGAGUAAAUUCUGAAGUUCAAGGACAAAUGACAGAAAUACUCAUCAUAUCCGAAUAGAUGUUAUCGUAAUAACCGUGAUUUACAUAUCAUAAUAUGUUAUCGAGUUUUACCAUUUUGAGAUGAUGUGUUAAUGAAAAAUGAGAUCUUAUGGCUAUUGAUACGUUCUUUCAAUCGCUACAUGUUAAUAUUGUACAUAUAUGUAUAUCCGUAUUUAUGCAUAGUCAUGUUUAUUUCAAUUGUAGACGUCUUCAUGUUCAUAUUUCACAUUGAAGAUGUAAUACAACGUACUUUUAAUAAUGGCAAGAUAGCAUUGAUGUAUGAAGACCAACUGCUCAGGCAGGAAAAGUUCCAUUUUGCCGAUCAAAAUUAUACAGAAAAUUCCCUUUUAAAUGAGCGUUUGUCUGUUGCAGUAUGCUUACUAUUCAAAGUAAUUUUAAAAAAAAUAGAAUAGAAUAAAAAUAAUA